AUGAACAUCCACUCAAAUGACCAUGUGCAGCCCAACACAUUCCAAACCGACUCGAGUAUCAACACUGAAUUCGAGCUGACAGCUCUGUCGCCCCGCUCUGCCAUACUCUCAACACAGCCAGAGCUUUUGUCCGCGUCGGACGCCUUCACCACCGCGGCAAGAGCCAAUUCUACCGAUUCCAAUAAGCGGCGCAGAAAACGUUCCAACACUGCCCGCCAUUAUCAGCACGAAGGACUUGAUCAAAGCUCUGCAUGGCAACCGGGUACAGAGCCCGGUAUUGACCCGACAAAACCGCUACCUCCAUUCAGCGCCGAAUGGGCGUCCAACGUACCUGGAGACCUACAACGAUAUUGUACCAUCACGGUGGUUGACUUCUCGCAAGAUCGGAUGCGAAAAUAUGAGCUUGAUAAUGAUUCCCUGGAAGAGUUUUUACUGCGCGACCGCGAGCCUUGGGCGCGAUGUCGUUGGAUUAAUGUCAAUGGAUUAAGCUGGGAUGUGAUUAAAGCUCUUGGGAAUCACAAGGGGUUACAUCGUCUGGCGAUUGAGGAUAUUAUUCAUCCUACGACUCGCGUGAAGGCGGAUUGGUAUUUGGAUCAUACGUUUGUUGUCUUGACGCUGCAGAAGCUGGUGAAACUUCAUCAGGGAAACAGUGGUUCCGAAGAUGAAGAUGAAGAUGAUGUUAAAGGUAUAAAGGACUCCAAACGGAGAUAUCAAAGGAAAAAAUCAACUGCGAGCUAUCAGAGCACGGUGAAUACAAAGCGGCCUGCUAAAUGGCAGAUCAUUGGAGAAGCUCUCAAGGAUACUCUUGGAUUCAAGAAACUGUCAAACAGAAAUGAACACAAGAAAGUCAUACCUGGCUUUAACGUUCAUCCCAAAUCCGACACAUCUUCCUUUCAACACAAGCCUCCACUCAGAGACAUCGCUACCGCGACUGCAGCUCAAGCUACGGCCCGCUCUCUCCAGCGCUACCGCAGCGCAGUGAACGAAGACAGAAUCGAGUUCAUGGAACGCCACGCGGCGCUCGCAUCCAAGGGCCUCUCUGUCACGCUGGAGCAGGUUUCCGUCUUCCUGCACGCCGACAACACCGUCACGUCGUUCUUCGAAACGAGUGCUGAGGAUAUAGAAGAACCCAUAGUGCGGCGUUUGAAUUCCUCCGAAACCAUUCUCCGACAAUCGUGCGAUGCAAGCAUGCUUCUGCAAGCAAUCAUAGACGGCGUGAUUGAUCUUGCUAUCCCUGUUACCAUUGCAUAUCAAGAUACGAUAAAUGAUCUCGAGCUGGAAGUCCUGACAGAUCCAAAGACCUACCAGUCAAAAAGCCUUUAUAUAUUGACGUCGGAGAUUGCUGUGCUUCGCAAUUCUAUUCAGCCGAUGGUGGCUUUGAUCAAUGCGCUUCGGGACCACAGGUCCCAACCCAUCGGUACUUCCGGUCUGGGGGAUCAGGGCGUCACGAUUAGUGCCCUGUGCCAUACCUAUUUGGGAGACGUCUUGGAUCAUUGUAUUACUAUUGUGGAAGCUUAUGAUCAAAUGCGACAGGCUGCGGACAAUAUGAUUGAUCUUAUUUUCAACACGAUUGGUGCACACCAGAAUGAGAAUAUGAAGCAGCUUGCUAUUCACUUCUCCGCGUAUCGCAUUGCAGCCGCUGACACUACUCCAGGCUUACUUUGGAAUGAAUUUCACGAGUCAAGAAUUUCCUGGUAUUCACCACAGCGAUUCGUAUGUGUUCCUCUAUUCAAAAUUUACCAAGCAGGGGGAGAUACUAAUCUCAUUCCCAGAUACUUUUGGAAGAUCGCAAUUCCAUUCGUGUUUGUCACGACCCUCUUUAUA